UGCUGACGGAAAGAAGAGGGAUCGAGCACGUAUCCCCUUAGAGCGACGGUUGUUGACGUAGCCGAACGACAACAAACGAAUUACAAAAAAAGAGAAGGAGAGCAAGCGAGAGAGAGAGAGAAUGGCGCUAGCUAACGGGGUACUUUGUAAAAUGUACAAAUAGCCGAUGCAGCAGACGUAUCUCGCGCAUCGGUACUUUUUCGCCCCAGGUUGAAAAUGGCAGCGUUGAUACCCAAGACUUUUUUACAAAUUGCAAAGGCACCUGGCAUUGGUGCAGUAGCUUCAGUUCAAGUAUGUAAUUACUCGCAGAAACCCAGGAUUAUCAAGAACCCAUCCCUUGCUAACAUGAAGAGAGGAACUGGUGGACGUAGCUCAUUUAAUGGUAUUGUGUGUACUGUUUUUGGAGGUAAUGGUUUCAUUGGCAAACAUGUGAUUGGGCGAUUAGGAAGAAUGGGAACUCAGAUUAUUAUUCCUUAUAGAAAGGAUUUUUAUGAUGUCCAAAGUUUAAAAUUAUGUGGUGAUCUUGGUCAAGUUUUAUUUCAUCCCUUUGACUUGAGAGAUGAAGACUCAAUAUUAAAAUGCAUAAAAUAUUCCAAUGUUGUCAUCAAUUGCAUAGGAUGUGAUUGGGAAACCAAAAAUUUUAAAUACGAUGAUGUUCAUGUAGACGGUGCCGCCAGGCUUGCUCGAAUUUGUAAACAAAAUGGAGUUGAAAGGUUCAUUCAUCUUUCCUGUCUUAAUGCUAAUCCUGAACCUGAGCCAAUCUUUCUAGAAGAUGGAUCCAAAUUCUUGAAAUCCAAAUGGGAAGGAGAAUGGGCAGUCAAAAGAGAAUUUCCAGAUGCCACAAUCAUUCGUCCAUCUGAUGUGUAUGGAACUGAAGAUCGAUUCUUAGUAGCAUAUUCUCAUCGAUGGAGACUCCAUAUGAGAGGCCUGCCAUUAGGCAAAAAUAAAGGUGAAGAUAUUGAAAAACAACCUGUAUGGGUUGGAGAUGUUGCUGCUGGGAUUGUAGCUGUUAUUAAAGACUAUAAGAGUGCUGGUAGAACAUAUCAAUUUGUAGGAUCUAAUCGCUACAAACUGUCAGACUUACUUGACUGGUUUCAUGAAAUGUUGAGGCGUGAAUCUGUUGAAUAUGGAUAUCGGAGACUGAACAUAAAGUACACCCCUCUUUUUAAUUUGAAAGUUUCUCUCACGGAAAUGUUAAGUACUGCAUAUCCUAUUGGAUACCUACAUUGGGAAGGUUUGGAAAAGGACCAUACAAGCGAUAAAAUUAUAAAAGGUGUGCCGACUCUUGAAGAUCUUGGUAUUGUAAUUACUGAUAUAGAGAUGCAACUUCCUUGGGAAAUCAAACCUCUUCGUUAUGAUGGCAACUAUGAAAUAGCAGUAGGAGAAUAUCAGGAUAUAACUCCUCCAAAACCCAUAGCUAGUGCUGCUCAAAAUUAAAUUAAUUACGAGUAUCAAAUCGAUAAAUACAUAUUAGCUUCAAAUUAUGAAUAUAUUCAUUGAAAAAACGUAGGACCGAAAUUAAUAUAUUUCAUUACUAUUGAUGAAAACUGAUAUAGGAAUGCAGAGUGUAUGAAAUUAUCCAUCUUUG